CCUGAUUUACGGGUUUGCUGUGUCUGUCCUGGGACAGGGGGCUCUGAGGGUCGCCGUCUCCCCUCUGGUGUUGCCUGCUGUGUCUUGGCCUGCCUCUAACGCAGUGAUCAGUCAGCUGCAGGAUCAGCUGGAGACCUCUGCUCUGUACAUGGACCCGGAGACCCUGAGCCAGCUGAGGCUCAACGCUUCCUCUCCUGCUCUGCUCGUGUUUCGCCUCCCCUACAGCGCCGGGGCGGAUUUGAUGUCAACUAAGGACAUUCUCAGUGAAAACGAUGCAGUAAUCGGUCAGGUGCUGAGCAUCAUGAAAACCCAGUCGGUUCCAUACACAGCUUUGUACACGGGCCUGCAGCCCUCCGGGGAUGUGGUGUCUUUUUCGGUGGAGGCCGGGCUGGGGGGAGGACGCUCCCUGCUGCAGGCCAGGGGGGGCUACAGAGAGAGGGAGCGAGAGAGAGAGAGGGAGCGAGAGCGCAGGAUCAGAGAGAGAGCGGGCGUCUACCCUCCUGUGGAGUUUAAGGUCUGUCAGCGUUUCUGUCCUGACACAUUCUGAGCAGUUACAGUGGUGGACAAA